AUUUGUCCAGUGCGAUCACACCGCCCGUACCACCCGCAGCAACAGUUGGACCGACCAUACCAAGAUCAAGUUCAAUGGCAGAAGUAGUGGACUGGCGGAUUAACGGUAUUUGCUCAACGGACUCGUCCUGUGUUGUGCGGAAUGUCCGGGGUGUAAUGUUAAACCAGUCACGGAUAGUGGUUCUUUGUCUGCUGGCGGUUCUUCCGCUUUUAGCAGCGCAAGGUCAGCAGGCACGUAUCGUUUGCUACUUUAGCAAUUGGGCAAUCUAUCGGCCCGAUGUCGGACGCUACACGAUCGAUGACAUCCCGGCGGAAAUGUGUACCCACAUCGUCUACUCGUUCAUCGGCGUAGAUGACAGCAACUAUCAAGUGCUGGUGAUUGAUCCGGAAAUUGAUCUCGAGCAGAAUGGGUUCCGCAACUUUACCGACCUACGACAAAAGUAUCCCAACGCCAAAUACCAGAUAGCGGUCGGUGGAUGGGCAGAAGGUGGUAAGAAGUACUCGCAAAUGGUGGCGGUAAAGGAACGACGACAGUCCUUCAUCGCGAGUGUGGUGCAGUUCAUGAAGGUGUACAAUUUCGAUGGUUUCGACCUGGACUGGGAGUACCCGGGUGCGGCAGACCGUGGCGGUAGCUUUGGAGAUAAGGAUACGUUCUUCUACUUCGUCGAGGAGCUUCGCCGUGCAUUCGAUCGGGAGGGACGUGGAUGGGAGAUAACGAUGGCAGUACCGGUGGCGAACUUCCGUCUGCAGGAAGGAUAUCAUGUGCCGGAGCUGUGCGAGAACCUCGAUGCAAUCCACUGCAUGACAUACGAUUUGAGAGGCAAUUGGGCAGGGUUUGCCGACGUACACAGUCCACUGUACAAACGGCCGCACGAUCAGUGGGCAUAUGAAAAGCUCAAUGUGAAUGACGGUGUUCAACUGUGGGUCAAUUAUGGCUGUCCGCCCAACAAAUUGGUUAUUGGUGUUCCGUUUUAUGGACGCACCUUUACGUUGAGUGCCAGCACCACAAAUCCGAUGCUGGGAUCGUACAUCAACAAGGAAGCGGGAGGUGGAGAUCCAGGACCGUACACGAACGCAACAGGUUUUCUGGCGUACUAUGAGAUCUGUACGGAGGUCCAGGAUGGUGAGAAAGGGUGGACUAAGAAAUGGGAUGACGUUGGCCUAUGUCCGUACACGUACAAGGGAACACAGUUUGUGGGAUACGAAGAUGAAAAGUCACUCCAGUACAAGAUGGACUGGAUUAAGCAGAAGGGCUAUGCUGGUGCAAUGACAUGGGCAAUCGAUAUGGACGAUUUCCAUGGACUGUGCGGUCCGGAGAAUGCACUGAUGAAGGUGCUGUACGACAACAUGAAGGAUUACGUAGUGCCCGAACCGACAGUAACUACCACACCGAGGCCGGAAUGGAAUCGACCACCCUCGACGAUGUCAUCGGAAGGAGAGCAAACAUCACAACGUCCGACAACUGCCACAAACACACGAAAACCAACAACAGCGGCUGCACCAACUACCACAACUACGCGACGAACGACAACUACCACAGCAACGAGGAAACCCACCACAAUUCUUCCCCCAGCACCAACAGGCUCGGAAGAAGACAGAGAACCAAUGCCCGUGGAACCUGAGCACGAGGAUGAGUCGGAGAUCGAUUGCUCCGGUUAUAAAGAUUUUGUUCCCUCGGCUGACUGCACCAAGUACUAUCGCUGUGUACAUGGACAGCCGGUAGAGUUCGUCUGUAAGCCUGGUACCGUAUUUCAUACCGCCCUGAACGUAUGCGACUGGCCUGAAAAUGCUGACCGACCGGAAUGUCGCACCAAGGCGAAACUGAUCGAACCGCUCGCCGAUGAGUAUGGUUUCAACACACGAUGCUCUUUCUUUGUAACCAUUCUACCGAAACACUCACACUACGUCGAAACACGGCGAGUGUUAAAUGUCGCCUACGGAUUUUCCGGAACCUGUUUUUUUACUGAGCCACACGGAACGACACGUUCACUAGCCGCGCACGAGGUCAGUCGUUGGACAGUGCUUCAGGUGAUCGCUCGUGCAAACGGAUUACUCAUACGGAUGGCUUCCCGAGGCACUUUACUGAUAUCGCUGAUCGUGGCGUUCCUGCUGGUGGAGCAGCGACAAUGCCGACUGAUUUGUCACUAUGCGACCUGGUCACAAGGUAGGGCCGUUCCGUAUUCCUACCGCAUCGAGGACAUCCCGGGCGAUUUGUGUACGCACGUGGUGUACAACUUUGUCGGCGUUGACAGUGAAGAGUACGAGCUGGCAUUGUUGCAGCGCGAGAUUGAUGUGGUACAGAAUGGAUUUGGCCGGUUUGUUGACCUAAAGCAACGGUUUCCCGACCUGAAGAUGUACGUUGCGGUCGGUGGUUGGGAUCAUGGCGGUGAAGCUUUCAGUAAAAUGGCCGCCUACCGUAAUCGGCGCAAGAAGUUUGUGGACAGUGUGGUGAAGUUUAUGGCCAAGUAUGGGUUCGAUGGGAUUGAGCUGGUGUGGCUAUAUCCCGGUAGUGUGGAACGUGGCGGUACGAACAAUGAUAAGGACAAUUUCGUGUAUCUGGUGGAUGAUUUGAAGACGGCAUUUCUGAAAGCUAGACAAUCGUGGGAAGUUGCCAUACAGGUGCCAGCUGAUCAUACGCGAUUUGAAGUCGGUUACGAUCAGGGACUUCUGUGCGAGAGUGCUGAUUAUGUGCAUAUAGCAGGAUAUGAUCUGCGUGGUUCCUGGACCGGAUUCGCCGAUGUACACAGUCCAAUGAAGAAUCGACCACACGACCAGGGCAUUUACAAAGGACUCAACGUGGAGGACGGUGUUGAUUCGUGGCUGAGGAGUGGUUGCCCUCCGAACAGGGUAGUUCUUGGGGUACCCUUUCUCGGUCGGACGUAUGUGUUACGAAACAGCCAACAGAACGGUUUAGGAUCGGUUACUACCGGACCGGGACCGAAGGGUCAGCAUACGUAUAGCGAGGGUUAUUUGGGAUACUUUGAGAUCUGUCAAAAGCUAAAGCAACUUAACUGGCGAACGUUCUGGGAUUCGAUUGGUCAAUGUCCAUAUGCCUACCGUGGUAACCAGUGGAUCGGGUACGAGAAUGAACAAUCGUUGGAGGAAAAGGCCAAAUUUGUCACUAGCAAAGGGUUGGCCGGUGUUUAUGCCUUUUCGCUGGAUCUGGACGAUUACCGUGGUAAGUGUGGUGAACCGUACCCACUCAUGAGGACGUUGGCUAGAUUACUUAAGAAACCGGAAGACACUGAAAUAGUUUUUGCCUUCGAGCGUGGUGACAGGAAGUGAUUAGUGUAAGUAUGUGUUUUAAAUUAAAUAGGAAAGGGUUUUUUAAUACAAAUUCUACUAUUGUGUUCCUAUUAAGACCACUAGUGUAAUAUUCAUAAUUUUAUUUAUCAUAAAAAAGAUUAAAAGAAAAUGAAAUAAACGGUUCUUUUUUU